AGCUCAAGUAGUAGGUGGUCGUGAAAGACUGCAAUCUGCCAUGGCCAGCGGAGCCUGUGGCAGCUUUGUUACGCAUUGCGCAGUGCUACUGAGUUGUUUCUGGAUCCCUAGUGGUGCAGAGAACCUGGCGCAGAUUAGUGACCUCUUUCAGAAGGCCAAAGAAGAGAAGAAGCUGACCUUGCUGAUGCACGGCCAAGAUGGAAAAGGUGUGGACGGAACUCAUAGAACAUGACCGAAUAGGCCCCAAAAUAAACACAAAUAGCAGAUAGAAAAGUGGAUUCCCACUAAAAAUGUAUUGGAAAGAGUUUCUAUCUAUUUGGGACCCCUAUAGGCAUGCUUUGGAUGCUCAAGAUGUUGUCUCUCCAAGCUGUGGAUGAAUCGGUGACUUGUCAUGAUAUCCAGGCCUUUUUUGACUACCUUCGAAAGUGACCUCUUUAGGGGCUACAUGGCCUCACUCUGGAUCUCAAGGACGGUCACUUUUGAAGCUUCAAAAGGUUCUAGCUGUCUUGCCAGCCUGAAUAUGUCAAAUGCUAUAAGAGCCUCGAGUAGGUGUUCUUCUGGAGGGCUCCCCCAAAAGCCGCCCACAGGCCCAGCCAACUUCGACCAUGUUGAAUCAAUUACCCAAUGACCAUCCUGGACACUUCGAAAGCGGAAACCCGCGAUCACUUCAGGUCAGGAAGCUGGUGCUUGGGCCGAUUUGCACAUAGAAUUCUGGGAGAUUCCCCUUGAUUCUCACUUUAGGAAAGCCUGGUCCCGCCGACCGUUCGUCCCGGAGCUGGGACAUGACUCCAGGUAUAAUAUUGAGACUGCCCCAAAAUAUGUCCCCGUCCAGGGGCCCUACAUGGCCCCACACUCAUUUUGCCUUUUGGUUUUGCUGCCUUGCUCACUUUGGACUUCUUCCUCGGGAGCGAUCCGUCGAAUUUCCUCGGAACAUGGGUACUUGAUACAGUGCAGACGUGCUUGUUUGAUCUUGUUUGUAUUCAUGGUCAGUAAUGAAACUGUUCAACAGAAAAGGUAUGGAUGGGGUCAUGUCUCAUGAUUUUCUAGGGUCAUUACGAGGGAAGUUCGGUCCAGGUAUCUUCAAUGGAAGAGUUUGAUGCUCCAAGUCUAGGCAAGUAAAAUUCCCAAGCAGAGUGCCUGGCCAAAAGUGUCAGCCAUAGUAAGUCUGUUCUGUCGUUUCAAGAGAAUUCACUUGAUUGCCAAGCAAAACUCCAAAUAAAGCUUCAGUUGCAACUGGCUCACAGGUUACUUGUUCAAUGCUCCAAUGCUCCGAAUGCUCCGCUGGCACCACCCGUGUCGUUCUGUCGUGUCUUCAGUUGUCAGGAACGUGGAGGAGACGGUGCAAGCCCCACCGGCUGUGGCUGGCGAACGGGAUCGAGUGACCUGUAGAGGCUGCGAUUGCUAUCACCAGUGGAUGGGACAAGACUAUGCAGGCCUGACCUAUUGCACGGAGUUCAACGAAGCCUCCGAGGCGAGCUCACAGAUGCCCAACUAUCGAUGCUUGGUGCACGACUCCCAUUGUGAAGGCGUCUCUGAGGGCAAGUGUGCCCCUGGUUGCCCCAGAUACACCACCAAUGGCUGUGAAUGUGCGCGAAGUUGGGUCUUGGAAGGUCAUGACGAGUGCCAUGACUCUUGCUGCACUCCCACAGGCGAAAGCUCGUGGUGCAUGGUGACGGAUCCCACGUGUCAAGGAUUGGCCUGGGGACCUUGCAGCGCCGAGAGCAAGAAUCCCCACCCCCACGUGCGGAAAACCGCCAAGGGCUGCAAGUGCUCCAACGGGUGGAGCGUGAAGGUUGGCGAGGACACCCACUCUUGCCACACCUUCUGCUGUCAGCCCGAGGGCCUUGGCCUGGAGGGUGAGGUGUGCGUCGUGGAAGAUGAGUCUUGCGAGGGCAUGAGCAUCGGCCGCUGCAAAGCCUGAGCGACACCGGGGCACGCGUCACCCGCGCGUGCGGCUCGGUGACGCACUGAGGCAUGGGGCGGAGAAUGUACGCAGAGUGGCUGUGUAAUGUUAGGAGGAAGCUGGGGAAGGAUGAGAACUGUUGGAGUACCAG